AUGGCCUCCAAAGGCUCCCUAUCUCGCACCGCUGGUCAUCCUCUCUUUGACCUCUCCAUUUAUAGGCAGCUGGGGUCAAAUUUAAUUUCUUGGAGUGCUAAGAAACAACGUCCGGUUUCCCGCUCUAGUGCCGAGGCAGAACACCGCGCCCUCGCCUAUGCCUGCGCUGACACCAUUUGGAUACAGGGUCUCCUUUGUGAAUUACAAUUCCCGCUUCACCAACCAGUCUACUCAAUUGUGACAUCUCUCUGUGACAUACAUGGCUGCCAAUCCUAUUUUCAUGCCCGCACAAAACAUGUUGCUCUUGAUUAUCACUUUGUUUGCGAAAGUGUUGCCUCCGGCAGCCACAAAGUUUCCUUCAUCCCCUCUGCUGCUCAGCUCGCUGAUGUCUUUACCAAAGGGCUUUCCUACAGACCGCUUUGCUCGCCUUGUCUCCAAACUUGUCUCUCCUCCGCCGCCAAGUUUGUGGGGGAGGGUAGAGACCCUUCAUAUUCUUGA